AUGGCCGUAUUAGAAAAAAUCAAAGAAUUUAUCGAAAAAGAAGAAAUUAAAUUAUUUAAAUAUAGUUCUUUUGGAGGGUUACAAUUCCUAGGUGCAGGAGGAUUUGGCGAUGUAUUUCGUGCUUAUUCAGAAGAUAAAAAAGAAAUUGUUGCUUUGAAAAAAGUUCGCAACGAAAAAGAGUCUUUUAUUAGAGAAGUUAAAAAAAUUAAUAAAUUCAAUCAUGAAAAUAUAAUAAAAUUUUAUGGAAUCACUCAAGAUGAUGGCACUCAAGAAUAUUAUAUGGUUCUCCAAUUUGCGAAUAAUGAAGACCUUCGGGGCUUUUUACACAACCGUUUUUCUGAAUUGGAUUGGCCAACUAAAAUUAAAAUGGCAAAUGAAAUUUCUAGAGGAAUUAAUUACUUACAUAGUGAAAAUAUUGUUCAUCGCGACCUUCAUGAUAAGAACAUAUUGGUACAUGAUGGUAGAAUGAUAAUUACGGAUUUCGGUUUAUCUAAAUCGUUAGAAAAUAAUUCAAAAUCUAUUGAUGGUGGACGUGCUGCAUAUUCUGCCCCAGAAUUUCUUAAAAAUCCAGAGUAUAGUCGAGAUAAACCCUCCGAUAUAUAUAGUCUCGGCAUGCUCUUUUGGCAAUUGUCAAGUGGAAGACCUCCUUUCAAAAAUAUGACCACUCAACAAAUAUUUCUUCAUGUAACUUAUUACAAACGAGAGUCUCCAAUUAACGGAACACCAAAUGACUUUGUGAAUCUUUAUUGUGAAGCUUGGAAUGAUGAUCCAAAACUACGUCCUGAAAUCUCUGUAAUUUUGCAUAAGUUAGAUAGUAUACAAAUGAAAUCGGUUUUCCAUGGCGGAUCUACACUU